GUCAGACACUGACAGCUCUUUGCGUAUCCAUCAUGCAUGAGAACCUCAAACUCAAACCUGCCGUCAAUUACAACCUUCACCCAUUUUUCUGUGAUCCUUGCUUUUCUUCAGCUCUAUCCAACCUCACAGACAAUGACACCACCCCUUUAAUAUUCAUCCUAAUUUCUACUAUAUAUUAUUAUUCAAUAUUAUUAUUGUCUGCAAACCUAUAUAUUAUUAUUCAAUAUUCAUGACCCUUUUCUGAAAUUUGCAUAAAAAAUGUCCAUGAUUGUUGAUUUCUCCUAAAGUUAAGAUUUUGAUGUUGGAUUCUUCGCUGUGCCACUACCAAACCAGAUAAUCACAAAGGGAUUGCCCAUGAUUUAGAAUUGCUUGUUAAGAGAAAAAAUCAAAUUGGGUACGAACAAAAUUUCUUGUGUGGAAUUUUGGUGAGUGAUGCAGAGUGAAGAAGGUGGUUGUGGAAAUGGCGAAUCUGGUUCCUGGUGUGCUUCUGAAGCUGUUACAGCACAUGAAUACAGAUGUGAAGGUUGGAGGGGAGCAUAGAUCAUCACUGUUGCAAGUUGUGAGCAUUGUUCCUGCGCUUGCAGGUGGAGAAUUGUUUCCGAAUCAAGGGUUUUAUCUGAAGGUUUCAGAUUCGUCUCAUGCUACGUAUGUUUCUCUGCCUGAUGAAGAUGAUGAUCUUAUUUUGAGUGAUAAGAUUCAGCUGGGGCAGUUUGUGUUUGUGGAUCGCGUCGAGGCGGCUUCGCCGGUUCCGAUUUUGAGAGGGGUUAGGCCUGUUCCGGGGAGGCAUCCUUGUGUAGGAACACCUGAAGAUAUUGUUGCCACUCAUCCACUUGCAUUUCUGAAUAAUGGUGGUGGUUCUUCUGGGGAGAAGGUGAAGGAGAAGGAGAAGGAGAGGAGAGUGAGAUCAAAUGGGGUUGGUAGUGGUGGUGGUGGUGGUGGUGGUGGUGGUAUGGGAGAAGGAUCAGAGAAGAAGAGUGGUCUUCUUGGUAGGUUUAAAUCACAGGCUCAGCCAACAAAGCCAGCAGCACUGAAGAUUGAUGUGAAGAAGGAACCGUUGCCUCGGAUGAAGUCUAUGAAUUCAAGGUCGAUUCCUUCGUCGCCGAGUAGUUGCUACUCGUUGCCGACUUCUUUUGAGAAAUUUGCCAAUGGGGUGAAGCAGCAGCAGGCAAAGGUUAGUGGUAAGAGGGUGGAGAAGGUCACUGCAAAUGUGGGAGUGGUGGAGACAGGAAAAGGUGGUUCUUCUGGGAAGAAAAUGGUGGUGGGGAAUCCAAUCAGAAAUUGGAUGCAGGGUAUUGACCUUGGGGCUAAGGUUCUGCGGAAGAGCUGGGAAGGGAAUAUGGAGGUCAAGACUAGAGAGUCUCCCAGAGCUAGGGGUGCUGCCAAGGUUGAUCCUAAGCCUGAAGUUCGUAGCUCGACUCCUAGGAGAAGCUUCUCGAAUGGGAAGUUGCCAUCUAAAGAAGUCCAAGCACCAACAAAGUCUUCCAAGGACGAACAUAAGACUCAGAUGUCUAUAAAGAAGGCUACUGCUAAUGGAACUUUGGAGGAACAAGAAAAGUCAAGUAAACAAAGAACUUCCAUUGGAAAGAAAUCAGCAGAAGUUGCUAACCACGGACUCCCCGGAAACUUGGUCAAAGUUUCUCUCAAUAGUAGAAAAGUGACAGAUGCAAGUGUUCAAUGGGCUUCACUCCCCUCAUCUAUUUCAAAGAUUGGAAGGGAAGUUAUGAGGCACAGAGAUGCGGCACAGAUAGCAGCAAAUGAGGCUAUGCAAGAGGCUGCCGCCGCUGAGAGUUUGCUGCAAUGUCUAAGUAAGUAUUCGGAGUUAACAAAUUCUGCGAAGGAAGAGAACCCCCAGCCAGCAGUAGAGCAGUUUUUAACUCUUCAUGCUAGCCUAAACAGUACCCUGAUGAUUGCUGAAUCAUUAUCUAAACCCAUUCCAGAUGGUUCAUCUCCAGAUUAUGAAAGGAGCAAAUUGGAAGAAGCACUGAAACUAAAAUCAGAAAGACAAAAACACGCAUCUUCAUGGGUCCAAGCAGCAUUGGCCACGAAUCUUUCAUCCUUCGCUGUUUUCACAAGAGAACCUCAAUCAUCCAAGCUUCCAGCUUCAAGUAAUUCUCAAAAUCAGAAGACUCUCAUGGGAAAUCAGCCCAUGUUAGUACUACACAAUUCUUCAAGUGAAGAUUCUUCAUCAAAAGUUCCUGGGAAAACUCGUCAACCACUUUAUUCCAAGCACGCCUCACAAGGAGCUACUCGCAAACCUGGUGAUGGGUCAGCAAACAGGCACAAGCAGCUAGUCCAACCACCGCUCCCGGAGUGGGUUAGGGGAAAUGGCCUCGAUGAGGUGGUUAAUUUGGCUGAAAUGUUGCAAUUACAGUCCCGAGACUGGUUCGUAGGAUUCGUUGAGAGGUUCUUGGACAUUGACGGGGACAAUACCUUGUCAGAUAAUGGCCAAAUUGCAGGUAUGCUCUCUCAGCUGAAGAGUGUAAAUGAUUGGUUAGAUGAGAUAGGGUCGAGCAGGGACGAGGAAGACGAGGGAGAAUCAUGCCAGAUUCCAGCAGAGACGAUUGACCGACUAAGGAAGAAGAUAUACGAAUAUCUUCUUACUCAUGUUGAGUCUGCUGCUGCUGCACUCAGUGGUGGACCACAAUCAUCAUCAACUCCGAUCCAAACAACACAGAUUAAAGGCAAAAGGUGAAUGAAUGAGUACAUAGCUUAGCUUAACAAUUGCAUAAGUAGGGUAGAGUGGGACUAACCUUGGUCACUCAAAGUUGUCCAAAAAUCAAGAUCCCCUCAAAAAGAUCAUUUUUUCCCUCUUUCUAAUCUGUUUGUACAUAAAUCCUACAUGGGGUUUGAGGUAUAGAUGGUGGAGUGCUAAUUAUUUAUUAGAGGGACAAUGGAGAUAGCAAAUGUGAUUUGUGAAGAUAUUUUCUUUCUUUGAUUUUUCUUGAUAUUGUUCAAAUGAAAUCAUACAAAUUAAAACGGUGGAAGAUAUCAGUAGAAACUUUUCCAA